AUGGAUGGAUCUGUUGACUUCUAUCGCGAAUGGACAGCCUACAAAACUGGGUUUGGUAAUCUGUGUGGUGAGUUCUGGCUUGGAAACGACAAUCUUUACCGUUUGACCGCCGCAGAAGAGGUGGAGCUGCGAGUUGAAUUGGAAGAUUUUGAAGGUAAUAUCACAUACGCUGAGUACACUACAUUCAAGGUGGCUGAUGAGGAAGAUAAAUAUAGGCUUCUGAUUGGAGGACACAAUGACACGGCAGGGGACUCCAUGAAAAUAAACCAUGAUGCGAAGUAAGAGAUUUAACUAUUAAUGUUGACAAGACAAUUUCAUCCCCCCCACCCACCCCCCCGAAUAGCCAACAAAUUAAUUCCUCAUUUUUAACAGGUAAAUAAACUAGAAAAAUUCAUUAAAUAUUCAGGACUCCAUAUUGACUUAGAAGCUUCUAAUUUUUGCAUAUAUCAAAAGAUGAAAAAUUAAUAAAUGGAUGAAUGCAUGCAAUACUUCCUAAAGUUAGGUAAUAUGUUAUCCAAAAAUGCCUUACUUAGCUCUUAUUAACCGAGGUGGAGAUCUGUAUGAGAGAUAGAGAAUUGAUCCUGAGAGAUCAGUCCCUGAUAGUACCCGGUAAUUUUAACGCUGGACUCAAAGCUUGUUAGCCGUGAAUUUUUCUCUUUUAAACAAGAGCCUCCACCUUUAUAAUCGCGUGCUUUGUUUUGUUUGUUUUUUUUUUUUGCUGUCUAUUGCCAACAUUUUAAUCCUAUAUCUUGGUGUACUUUACCAUGUAACAAACGAUUGUUUUUUUUUUCGAUUCCGAUUCAUCGAUUUUAGUUAAUUUAAGUCUCCGCUUCUAGGAUUUAGCAACACCUUUUUUGUUCUUUUUUCAGUGGUAUGCAAUUUAGCACCAAGGACGACGACAAUGACUAUCACCAAGGUGAAAAUUGUCCCAAAAUAUAUAAGGGAGCUUGGUGGUACAGAGAUCGUCAUGGGGCUAAUCUUAAUGGUCGGUACUUUGGCGGAUCACACGCGUCUUUAGCUGAUGGUGUCAAUUGGUAUACCUUUAGGGGAUAUCAUUAUUCCUUAAAACGUAGUGAGAUGAAAAUAAAACCUAAAAAGUAA